UGCUGGGACCCGACAAUGCCCAGGCACGGAAGCGGCGGCUUUUGCACCACGCUGUCUUCAGACUGGGCACGGAGAAGGGGCAGCCCUCCACUGCCAGGCAGUCCACUUGCCUGUACGCAAGCCCCUGUUGUGUGCAGACGUCCGACUGCAUCUGUACUGGCCACCACAGAGCUUCCAAAGGCCCGUGCAGGAAGAGUGCCAGAACUUCCCAUCCUGGAGAAAAGGAACUGGCUGAUCCACCUGUACUACAUCCGCAAAGACUAUGACUUGUGUAAGAUUGCUAUAAAAGAGCAACUUCAGGAGACCCAAGGACUGUGUGAAUAUGCCAUUUAUGUUCAAGCUUUGAUCGAUCGCUUGGAGGGGCGGAUUCACGAAUCGCUCGAGCUGUUCCAGACGUGUGCUAUUCUGAAGCCUCGGAAUGCAGACAACCUCAAGCAAGUGGCCCGAUCAUUGUUUCUCCUGGGAAAACACAAGGCAGCCAUUGAAGUGUACAAUGACGCAGCUCAGCACAAUCAGAAGGACUGGGAGAUUUGCCACAACUUGGGUGCCUGCUACAUGCAGCUGAAGUAUUUCAACAAGGCCAAGGACCAGCUGAACAACGCGCUGCAGCUCAGCCGACACGACCUGACGUACAUGAUGCUGGGGAAGAUCCACCUGCUGGAAGGGCAAAAGGAGCAGGCCAUCGACGUCUACAAGAAAGCCGUGGAGUUCUCUCCAGAAAACACAGAGCUCCUUACAACUCUGGGCCUGCUCUACCUGGAGCUUGAAAUUUAUCAGAAGGCCUUUGAGCACCUGGGGAAUGCUCUCACGUACGACCCCAGCAACUACAAGGCCAUCUUGGCGGCCGGCAGUAUGAUGCAGACGCAUGGCGAUUUUGAUGUCGCCCUCACGAAAUACCGAGUGGUCGCUUGCGCUGUUCCCGAGAGCCCCCCGCUCUGGAACAACAUUGGGAUGUGCUUCUUUGGAAAGAAGAAGUAUGUGGCGGCCAUCAGCUGCCUGAAACGAGCAAACUACCUCGCACCCUUUGACUGGAAGAUUCUGUACAACCUAGGACUGGUCCAUCUAACGAUGCAGCAGUACGCCUCUGCCUUCCACUUUGUCAGCGCAGCGAUCCAUCUCCAGCCAAAGCUGGCGGACCUCUACAUGUUGCUGGCAGUUGCAUUGACAAACCUCGAAGAUGCUGAGAACUCCAAGCUGGCCUAUCAGAAAGCUUCGGCACUGGACACGUGCAACCCUCUGAUAAGCCUGAAUUACGUGAUUCUGUUGUACAACCAGGGGGACCACAAGGGGGCUGCUCUUCAGUACUGCGAGAUGAAACGGAAGGCCCAGGCAUUGGCGGACAGCACUUUGGAGUUUGAUCCGGAGAUGGUGGAUGUGGCGCAGAAAUUGGGUGCCGCCUUGCAGCUCGGAGAGGCGGCCGUCUGGACUCGGCCCGCGAAGGACGCCAGGUCAAAGCAGCGAGGGACCAGAUCGUCCGCCGCUCAGCCGCUGGGCUCCAACCAGGCCCUAGGGCAGGCCAUGUCCUCCGCCGCUGGCUACGCAAGGACCAUGAUGGCAGGUGCGGGAAGUUCAACUCAGCUGGCAAAAUGCCCCUCCCUCCCUCUGGAGCCCAGGUCCGAGUCUGCUCCUGAGGAAGCAUCAUCCACUGCAGAGGGCCGGGAGCAAAAUAGCAGAAGUCAGUCCACAGAAACUGGCAAAGAAUCUUGAACAGAUGCCUGACUUGGACAGUCUGGGGAGCUGCAGAGCUCUCGCCCUGCUAGAGGCAUAGAGCCAGUGUCAAAUGGACAUUUAGAAUUCCACAAACCUUGCUCUAUUGGAAGUCAUAUGCCUAUCCUAUUUCCUUGAGCUAAAAGGAUGUUUGGGAAUUGAAUUUUAUCUGUUUUCCUCAACACUCCACCUGCAGGCAAGUUAAAGAUCCGAUCAAGAUAGAAGCAAGAUUUGGGAGAAGUCUUCUUUGGAGGAAAAUAGCCCUUGGCAGCAGAAAAAUAAGCGGAUGAAUAAACAUCACAGUCCCUUUUGGGAAAACUACCAGCUUGGUGCCAAGGUCUCCAUCUUCUGGCUUUGAUGUUCCUUCUCAUGGCAGAACGGUACCACCAGCCAACUCUUACGGGAACAGAGGCACCUGUGCUGCACGCCUCAGUCCCGCCUUGUUGAGGGUCAGCAGUUCUGGAUUAGACGCAGCUGCAGACGCCCUCACACUGGUCUUGUGUUGCCUGCCUCCUCUCUGGGUCCUAGCGACAGCGGCCUGGAUGGCCACUGCAAAUGGCCUUCUUUCAUUGGCCGGUAGAAUUUGCUAUGGCAGACCAUUUGGCGUAAGACACAUACUUUGUUUAUAGGGAAGCUUAAAAAAAGAUGUAAUAAAUCGAACAAAUUUCCUUUAUUAUA